CAAUACUUGAAGUUAAAGAUUUGGAGGAUAAAAGAAAAGUUGUUAACAAAGAAAUUCAAGAACUAGAAAAAGAAUAUAAUGAUUCAUUAGAAAAGGAACAAACUAAGUUAGAAACUAACAUUGGUAUUGCAGUUGGUGCUUUAAAAAAUGAUCUUAGAACUCCUGGAGUAGGUAGUCGCAAGUUUUUUGAAUUAAUAUGUGAAUAUAAUGAUCUUCAGUCAAGAGAAUUAUAUAAACCUGCUACUCCUGCUACUGCUAAUAGUUAUGGUUCAGUGAUCAAAACUGGUUAUAAUGGGAAUAAUAAACCUUAUACUCAUCCAAUUUAUUUAUGUAUGGAUUUUCAAGGUCAAAUUUGA